CCGAAAGCUUCCUCGAAAGUUUCCAUUCUUGAGUCAAGUUCAUAUGGGCUUGAUUUUUCCAAAAUGUCCCCCAUUAUCAUUGACGUCCGAAUACAGACAAAUGAACCAAAUUUGCUGCUUAUGAGCGAAGAAGAGGCGAAAAGGAGUAUUGUGGUCUCCAAAAUACCGGCGACAACCUCAGCUGAGUCGGUCGUCAUACAUUUUCAGAAGAAAGGAAAUGGCGGAGGAGAACUCGAUCGUAUACACGUUUCCAAGGAUGGAACAGCCGUUAUCACUUUCGAAAAAAGCGAAGGUUUGCGUAAUUUUUCUGUUUUAGGUACACUAUUGUUCGUGCCAACGUAAGGGGGGAAAAUUUUUGCCCCUAUGAAAAUCCAAUUUCGCUUCCGGCCUUACAACUUAAAGGGGAUAGUUUCAUGACCAUCAGACUCAGGAAUUUAGCGUUGUUGUAUGAAUCGAAAUAUUCAAAGUAUCGGUAUACAAGGGAGGAAAGUGAUUGAAAUGUAAUUAAAUCAGGUUAUAAAAUGGGAGGAGUAUGCUGAAAAUGUUGCAGUGUCAGAAACACUGCUGUCAAUAAACCUGCACUAUUUUGUUUAUAAUGUGUUUAGGCUUAAUAUCUGUGUCAACUUGAAAUAACAGUUUUAUUAUAGUGCCUCAUAUUGUGCAAUCACCUAACAAAAAGUAUGAGCUGUCCUCUUUUACAUCUCUCUCACUUUCUUCAGCGAGUCAUUGAAUACAUUUAGUGCACCAUGAUGCUUGUGGAAUAAAAAAUCAUUUACUUUAAAUCAGUAGAACUGCUUUGAAUACAUAUGAGUGUACAAAAUUAAGAUCAGGAGGUUUGUACCUGGUUUGUACCGGUUUGUACCUGGUUUGUACCUGGUUUGGCUGAGUUUUUUACUCGCGCGACGGACCAGGCCGAAAAUGAAGAAUUGCUCGCAGUGAUUUGUUUGCUUCAGUGAUCUCGCGCAUUACUGUGGAUAAAAUUUAGCAUUAACAUCGAAAUAACAAUCAUCAUGGCGGGAAGAAGCAAAAUUUUUAGUUCGCCUAUACUUUGGUUUCUUUUUGGCUUUUCUCUGUACAUAUUGGCAUGUUUAAGUGGCAAAGAUGCACACAUCGGACUAGAUAUGCGCCUCGUCAAAGUAAACAAGCAAAGCUGGGAUAAUCAUUGGUUUUUGAAACCGAUAUCUUCCAUUUUGUUUCGACUCAAUAUCCGCCAUAUUGGAUUCGUGUGGAAAGCUCGAGUCAGAUUCAGGAAUUCGAGAGUCAACUACUACAGCAACUCCGAUGCAAGCUUCAACUUUGAAUAUUUACAACUAUGUGGCGACAUAUGUCCUAACCCGGGGCCUGCUUCCCCUCUGUUUGAUGCACUUCACGUGGUGAGAGACAAUGGAAAGCAAGGAGUAUCCAUCGGUCACUCGAACGUGCGAGGCCUCCGUAAGAACCUCCCCGAAGUGAAAAUACUUUUACAGCAUACCAACCUGGAUAUCCUAACCAUUUCUGAAACGCAUCUGACACAAGAUAUAAGCGAUAACGAAGUAAACAUCGAUGGAUACCGAAUUCUGAGAAGAGAUAGGUCACACAAAGUAGGAGGCGGAGUCGCUAUUUACUUUAACAUUAGCCUAGAUUGUGUACGUAUAUCCAAAUAUGACAACGACGGCAUUGAAGCUCUCUGGAUUGAAUUGAAAGCUCACUCGCAAAGAUUACUUGUGGGUUGUGUAUAUAGACCUCCUGACGUUACAUCUUUCUUUGAUGAAUUCAACCAAGUAUUGAGUACAAUUUGGAUGUCUCGCAGGAAUGUUGUGAUCGCUGGUGACUUCAAUUCAGAUCAGCUGCUACUAAUGGAAAUGGUGCGAAAUUCAAACGCAUCUUACAAUCUUAUAACUUUUGUAACAUCAUAAAAGCACCCACAAGAACCUCAGCACAUUCUAACACUUUGAUCGAUCUGAUUUUGACUAUCAAUACCUCAAAGGUCUCAAAGUCUGAUGUGAUUGAGUAUUGCAUAGCUGAUCACAAAUUCAUCUACGUUAUCUACAAGCUGAAGAUCAGGAAUCCAAAGCCUUUUAUUAAAUAUGUCCACAACUUCAAGAACGUGUUGGAAAACCCGAAAGACUUCAAACAUGACCUGGAAAGUGCUCCCUGGUGGGUCUGUUCCACCUUUGAGGACUUGGAUGACAUCACUUGGGCUUGGAAUUGCAUGUAUAAUAUUAUUGCAAGCAGUCACAUUCCCUUACGUAAAGCCAAGGUUAGAAAAAAUUCACUACCUUGGAUGAACAGUGAGAUCCGGAAAGAGAUGAAUAAGAGAUAUAAACUUCUGAAAGCCUGUGAUGGCACACCCGCUACUAAUAAACUCUGGGUUGAUUACAAAUCCUCUAGGAACAAAGUAUCUAAGAUGCUACGACGUGCUGAAGCUCAAUAUUGGAAAAAGAAAUUUACAGAGACCAAGGACUCAAAAUCUUUCUGGAAAACUGUGAACGAGGCCACUGGAAAACCUAAGAAUAAACAUAUUGGCCCCCUCAGAGAUGCUGAAAAUAAGGAAAUCACAAAUGACUACGAGAAAGCUGAACUGAUUAACUCUUACUUCAUAAAUAUUGGCAAGGAACUAGCUGAAAAAUUCCCGAAGUUGAUGAUCCCCAUCAAUUCAUGUACAGAGUUACCCCCACUGUGCAGGUCUUGGAGGUCAACAUCAACAAACUCAAAACUGAUAUCAAGACAAUUAAAAUUAACAAAGCAUCUGGUCCUGAUGGCAUCUCUUCUCGUAGCUUAGCUAUUGCAGGAACAUCCGCUCUAGAGGGCAUUGUAACUGUUUUCAAGAGCAGCAUGGCUCAGUCCAGCUUCCCUAACACAUGGAAGAUUGCAAAAGUUAAUGCAAUCUUUAAAAAGGAAACCCAGCAGAUGUUUCAAAUUAUAGGCCAAUAUCACUUUUAAAUAUCCCCAGCAAGCUGCUCGAAAGCCAGAUCUGCAACAUAAUUGAUACCCAUCUGAACAGCUGUGGCAUAAAAAAAGCUGUAAACAGUGGGGGUUUAGCAAGGGACUAUCGACUGAAGGAAUGCUUACCUCUAUGACUGAAGGAUGGAAGACAGCAAUUGACAAUGGUCUGACAGUUGGAGCAGUCUUUAUUGACUUCCAGAAAGCUUUUGACACUGUCCCCAUUAUAUUUUAUCGCAUAAACUACACGCCAUUGGAAUAUCAGGAUCUCUUCAUGAAUGGCUAAUGAGCUAUCUUACUGAUAGAUGUCAAUUUGCUGAAGUUAAUAAUUGCAGGUCGGUCACUGACUAUGUGCGAUAUGGAGUCCCUCAAGGCUCGCUUCUUGGCCCCCGGCUCUACACCAUAUAUGUUAAUGAUCUCCCUGACCACAUCGACUCGGGAGAUCUAUACAUGUAUGCAGAUGACACUACAGUUUACUGUAUUGGACCAAAUGUUGACCAGGUUAUGUUGUCACUAAAUAAAUCAUUGGAGCAAGUUCUCCUGUGGAGCAUUAAGAAUCAGCUAACCAUCCACCCAAUUAAAACUGAAGCAAUGAUACUAAGUAAAACCUCUUUUGUUGGGCCUAUACCUCCCCUCCACUUUAACACUGGCCAUAUCGACCUGGUUAAUUACACCACUUGUCUUGGAGUUAAAAUUGACAAUAAGCUGACAUGGUCUGUGCACAUUGACUCAGUGAAGAAAUCUUUUACGCAGAAGGUUGGAGCGUUGAAGAGAAUGAGAAUCCUUCGAAGAAGGUUCUCGAGGAAAUAUACUUUAAAACAAUUAUCCCCAGUGUAACGUAUGGAAUUUCGGUAUGGGGAAAUUGUUCUCCUUCCGCACUGAACUCUCUAAACCAUAUUCAUGCAAGAGCAGCUCAGAUUGUGAAUAACCUCGACUCAACGAUGGCAGAUGACACAUGUCUCAUGAAAUCCGACUGGCUGCCCAUUUCUUACUUCUAUAAAAAAUCUGUACUGUUCCUCUUGCACAAAGUAUAUUUUGGAACAACGACCCAGUCGAUAUGUGAACUGUUUUCUAAAAGAGUUUCUUCUAGAUCUUCUCGUGUUCCUAACCAAUUUAAUGUCAUUAGAUUUAGAUCAGAGACCGGCAGGAACUCCCUACGAUACAGAGGUCCUGUUAUUUGGAAUUUUGUAAAUAGAUUAGUUAAAGUACCUGAAAGUUUUUAUUCUUUUAAACAAAUCUUACGUAAACAUGUUAAGACUAUUGACAAUUUUUCAUUUGAGAAAGAGGCAACAGUAGUUGCCAACAGAAAGGACCAUUUCAUUUACUUUUAGAUUUAUAUGUUAGUCUUAGUGAACACCAUUUUAUUUGUAUAUAGUAGUUCUAAGUUAUUAUUGCAAUUUUUAUAUAUAUGUAAUUCCUAAUAUUUAGUAUAGUAGGUCCACAUCAGCCCUUUGGCUGCCUUUCACACAACCUACUUAUCAAAUAAAGAAUGUAUGUAUGUAUGUAAUUAUUUGUUUCAGAAUCUAAUCCCAUUUAAUCCUGCAGUUUUAUUUAUAUAAUUAGUGACAACUAAACCUGGAGAUUUAUGUUUUUAUGUCUUGUCAUGAGAUUGGGACCAAGGAAAAUUCUGAGAACCCAUGAGGAAUUGAAACCUGGAGUAACUUGAUCUUUUUUUAAACAUAUUUGUUGUUUUAGUCUUGAAGAAGUCUUGCUUUUUACAUAAUUUAUUGAAAUAUUUUAAAACUGUAUGAUGAAGUACUUAAAACAUGACAUAUAUAGAAAGUAUAUAUGUUACAUUCAACUUUGCACUUAAUAUGUAAGUUAGGGAAGAAGAGAGAGUUGCAUUCAAUCAUAACACUUUUUGAAAAACCACUAAAAAAAACCCAGAUAAAAUGCCACCUACUGCUUUUCUGCAAGGUAUAAACUGUUCCACUAUAAGCUAAUUGUGUUAUUAAUUCUCAUUUUUAAUUGUUUUUUCAUAAUUAUUAUUAUAACUAUUAUAAUAAUUUCUUUCAUGCACAGUCGUGGCAACAGUGUUGCAAGAGUCCCACACAAUUGAGGGAUCAUCACCUCAAUUAAAGGUUUGCCGGUUUGUUCCAGAUCAUCCUGUGGAGGUAAAAAUGAAUAUCACAGAGUGUGAUGUGAUCUUAGCCAUAAUUUAAAGAAAACUAAGACAUACUUGACUGACCCACGUUAAAACCUGAUAUUUUCAGGCUCUUUUAUUCUGGAAUUUCUUCUUUUCAGUUCAAUAUUAUCAUCUACCUAUCAAAAUAUGACUCAUUUCAAACAUUUGUGAAUUUUUUUUUCUGUCCAAAGUACUUCAAUUUACAUGUUCUCUUCAUAGUUUUACUAUUAUAAUCGUAUAUAUUUCUUACCAAUUACGUCAAAGUAUUCUAAUUCUAGUGAUUCUUACGAUUCCUUUGGAUUUCCAUAGGUGUUUCAGAGGGUGAAGGCUCGUGUCGACUUCGGUAAGUUCAAUAUAUCGCUCGAGACAUCGCACAACGCACUGAAAGUCAUGAAGAAUGACGCAAAAGUUGAAUGCAGUAGCAAGCCUGAUUCUAAGGAACAUUUUCUCGAUGGAACGUUCGACCAAAUUAACACCGCACACAAUCUCCUUCGAGACAUUUUGAAAGGAGGUUCCGAAGGACGUGUGGGGGAAAACCAACAUGUCGAUCGCAAGAUAAACUUUUCAGAAACCUCUGAAAAAGAAGCUGCCAAUAAUGAUUUCGACAGUUUCGAGGUGCAGCCUCUAAUCAUGAAGCUUCUACAUCGGGUUUAUGAGACCAGACUUAAAGAGAUAAAAGACGUACAUGGCGUAAAUAUUAUUUGGGAGGAAAAUGCUAAUCUAGUUCAGAUAUGCCCAGCCACAACAGCUAGUGAAACUUGCCAUAAAGGAAGCGAGGAGUUCAUAAGUCUUUAUCAGGACUUAUAUCCAAAGAUGCGCCGAGAGGAAAUUGAAUUAGAACCUUCCGAUAGCAGGGAACUUGCCAUCGAGGAUAUCCGCAAUUUGGAAGCUGAAAAUAAUGUGGUUAUUGAGAUGAAAGAAAACAAGUUGGUCGUCUAUGCGGAGGAAACAAACAUUUCUGUUGCAGUGCAAACCUUGAAAAAAACCCUUGGACUACUGCCAGGUAACCGUAAAGGUACAAGGCGCGGUCUGAGAAAUACAAAGAGCAAGAACAGUUUCCAGAAUAUACCCUCAGCACAAGUACUCAGCCAAGGCCUGACGAAUGGAUUGAAGCUCUCCUUGUACCAAAGUGAUAUCACUGACGAAAUCGUGGACGCUAUUGUCAAUGCAGCCAAUGAGUGGCUUCAGCAUGGCGGUGGUGUAGCAGCAGCGAUAGUACGGAAAGGUGGCCGCAUAAUACAAGAAGAAUCCAAUAGAAUAAUGGCACAGAGAAGUAGAUGUCCACUGAGAGUAGGCGAUGCUGUUCAUACAGGGGCCGGCACCCUUCCUUGCAAAUUUGUAAUUCACACGGUUGGUCCAAGGUGGGAUGAUUUUGACAAAGACAGAUGUGUUUCUCUUCUUCACCUUGCGUGCAUUAAAAGCCUCUGUCUUGCAGCACAAUUGGAGCUCUGUUCAAUUGCAUUACCGCCCAUCAGCUCUGGUAUUUUUGGCAUGCCAAAGGAUAUUUGCGCUCAAGUGAUGUUUGCAGCAGUGGAAGAAUUCAGCUGCAGCGUUGAAGCCGAAUUCAGUACUCUUCGUGAAAUUCGCAUCGUCAUUAUUGACGACGAAACAAUCAAUGUCUUUUACGAAGAGUUUUUGAAACGCUACACUUCUCAAGUGCCUACUCAAACAAACACAGUACGCAACGAGGGAGAGCCACAGAGUCCCUCCAACAUUAGCUCCAAUGUCAACAAGCCGCCGUUGCCAUCAGAAACAAGGAGCGAGGAUUCACACGAAGGCCAUGCGAAGGAAAAUAACGAGGCUAAAUUUCCACAGGGAGAUCAACCAAGCAAGGGCAACAGCCAUCCAUCUGGCCAGAUUUCGAAAGCCUUUGAAGAAGAUAACAAGAGUGAAUUACAUACCUCAACGGGCAUCGAAGCACUAAACGUGGAAAUUCCAACACAUGGCGUUGACAGUGAACAAGGCUCAAAAACUCCAGAAACUUCAAAAGAAGAAAGCGCAAACACCACAUCGAAACCAUCUAUGGGUAAAGGAAAAAGCCAUCUUGCAAUUCGUUUUCCGGAUAAACCAGGUGAAAAAGGAAAACCAAAGGCAGAAGCUGAUACCCGGAACAUUGAGCAUGACACUAACGUCGGUAACGAUAGUACUAAUGCAUUUCCACCUGGUAUGGCUGUGACGGAAGAAGGCAAACGUCUUGCUGAGGCAGUUAGUGAGGCAGUCAGUGAGGAUUCAAAUGCCAAUCAUCCUUCACCAACGGACAAAGAAACAGGUAAAGAGGUAGACGAGUCUGGAAACCAAACUUUAACUCCUAGAAAUCAAAGUGAGGAAGAAGAGCCACCUGCAAGACGUCCGAACUCAAACCAAGAGGAAAUUUCUGGUUUUAAACUGAGUCACAAUGGUAGCAUGACAGACCCAAAUAGAAAUUGCGACGGAUCCACUGAGGAAUCAUUGAGCGGUGGUAAACAACCCCAAAACGACGAGAAUACGCACAUCCACAGACCUGAAGACGAACAGCGCGACGCAGAAAUGGACAUGGAGGUUGAACAAUCAAUAUCUGACGAAAAACAAAAUGAUGUAACCCAGCCACAAAAUGCAUUGGCAUCUGGGCAAUCGUUAGACAUCAGUGGUCGACAAACAAUACAAGAGAGACAAGAUCCUGGGGGUGGUGAUAUCCACGCAUCUGGCAGACGCGCUGGCCCAGGUAAGCAAACUACCAUACUGAAUAAAAUCUUGAAUGUUUUAUAACAUCAAAUUGAGUGACCCAAAACCAAGCUGGGGGUAAGAUAAGAACAAUAAAAAGUUUAGUUACAACAAUCUGGGUAGCUUGCUAAGUUUGCUUCGUUGUCUCUUUAUAUCUUUGGGCAACGAAUUUGGUUUUUCGUGUGACACGCCCAAACCACAACUUGUAUCAACUUGUUAUUUUCAAUCUGCAGUUAUUAAACAUAUCGCAUAUCUUUUUUCGUUACUUUAGAUCCGGCAUCACUCCUCAAGAUGACUAAACAGCCUGACAUGAGCUUUCGAGACUGCGCCCUAUGUAUGAAUCAGCACCGAAAUCCUGUUUACGGACGUCAAUGUGGUCAUUACUUUUGCAAAAACUGUAUCAGCUGUGUUAUUGAGAAGAUAGGUAUUUGUCCACAGUGUUCACAAGAGAAGCUGUUUCCUGGAAACCAGCCUUUUGGAUACAUGGCUUGGAGAACUGAUUCACAACAUUCGCUACCAGGUUACGAGGGGUGUGGAAUCGUUGUCCUAACCUUUAACUUUAAAGGAGGAAUUCAAGGUAGGAUUGAUUUAGAACUUUAUAAUCCUUUUAAUUUUUUUAAGGGUAGGUUUAUUGCUAGCGAUUAUGUUCUAUUUAUCUAUUCAUAUACAUAUCCAUAAAUUAUAAUUUCUAUUUAUCAUCAUUGUUAGCGGGUUGUAGUUAACAGGUGAAGAGUCAUGUGCAAUAAAUAUACACUUGAUAAACCAUUAUUAUUACUAGUUUUAUUAUUAGUAAUAGUUGUAGUAGUAUUACCUAGUAGUAAUGGCAAUUAUCCUAUGCAGUGAAAACUUAUUGGUGCAUAAAAAGUGACUGGGUGAUCAAUCUGCCAAACAGAAAUUCCAACAUAAAAAGGUCUAAAAAAUUAUGAAUGCAUAAAUGAAGUUCUCUAUUCUAUUCUCUAAACGUUUUAAUAAAAAGUUGCAAUUUUUAUGCAGUCGUGAUUUUGAACAGUCUGCUUAUGUUCAGAGUGGUGCUUAGUACUGCUUUCAGCAUUAUUUCCAAAACUUGCUUUCCUGCUUUUCCAAAGAUGCAUGUCAUCUCCUUCUCCAGAUCCUUGGACCACCCGCCCAGCACAUCUAUGAUAAAAUUAAGCUUAGUGACCUUGUACACUGGGCAUAGUCUUGAUAACUCCAGUCUCAGUCUCAGUAGCCCAUGCCUUUCUUCGCGCGGUUGUCCACUCAGUGGCAGCUCAUUUCCACCAUGAGUACUUUCUUGGCUUUGUGGUCAACAAAACGCGUGUCAACUCGGUUUUCUCGAGCUAACGUAUUAUUAUUAUUAUUAUUAUUAUUAUUAUUAUUAUUAUUAUCACUAUUAGCACUACUUUUAUUAUCAUUAUAAUAUUAUUAUCAAUGUCAUUAUUUUUACGGAUUCGUAGGGUGCACGUCUUAAUAUGUGGACUAAGUUCUUCAGUGAGAGCAACAAAGUUGUUUUAAGAUUUAAAGUUUUCACAUACGCUUAUUAUAGGUCCAGACCACACUAAUCCAGGAGAGCGUUUCAGUGAACUUUUCUGCUCGGCCUACCUUCCAAAUAACCCCGCUGGAUUAGAGGUGUGUAACCUGCUGAGACGGGCAUUUAAUGGACGUCUGAUAUUUACUAUCGGAAGAAGUCCUACUACUGGAGAGAAUAACAAGAUUGUGUUGAACGACAUCGAACUGAAAACAAGUCCAAUCGGUGGUCCAGCCAAGUAAGUUAGCUUUUCCAACUGUAAAACUUACUGACUUGCGCGUUCUAAACAUACAUUUCUGAAACAAGCUCGUCAUUGGUUUCGGGAACACACAAUUCAUUUCCCGAAAUAUUCGCUCUACUAUUUUCAUUUUUGACGUUAUAGUCAGGUAAUACAUACCUAUACUGCCGAAAGAGAUCUUCCUAUUAAUUUUUUGUUUCCCAAUAAUUUCGGAUGUUAGAUCUGAGACAUUAGUGAUGUUCCCUAUUUGCUCUUCUUCCUUACUCUGACUAUCAAUAUGUUUAAUAAUGUAUUCCACCUUACAAGAAUUUCUGGGCAUUUCGUGCCAUAUCGAACGAUAUCCCCGUAUUAAUUUUUGUCUUUGUUUUGACCAUAUGUCUUUUUGACUAUACACUGAUAUCGUGAAAAUUCACUCAUGAUCCAUCAACCCCGAGAAGUAAGGGUUAAGUUAUAUUUGCUCUCAGUUACCGACCCUUUCCUACUUUUUUUCUUUUCUUAUCUCCUUCUAGAUGCACACUAGCGAGUUUCGAGUUUUCCAUCUUCAACGUUAUCGUGGAAAAACUCACUUUUUAAUGUAUACUUUUGCAGGUGCGGUUAUCCAGAUCCAAGCUACCUUGAUCGAGUGAAGAAACAACUUGCUGACAAGGGCGUUACACCACUGCAUCGUCAAACUUUUGUUUAGUUCAGGGGAACGUCACAUGCUCUCAGUACUACCUAACUUGGUUUUGAGAUAUGAUUUUAAAUCGUAGACGAAGAUGUUGAAUAUUUUGCCUCGAGCUUAGGACAAAGAAAACUAAAUAGUUUCUUAUGAGGAUUCAAACCCAAGCCAUUUCCUGUUUUGCAAGCUUAGCUAAAGAGGACUUGAUUGUGAAUUACAAGAAAGAAGUUUUUGAUAAACAUUUUUGGUUUUUGUUAACACCAUCAAAAGUUUUAACAGGUCAGUCAAGGUUUUGAUAAUGUAUUUCACCUGGAAGAAAGAAAAGUGAGAAAAACGAGUAGUUUUGAUGUCACGUGUGACAGAACAUUAGGUAUUGAUGCAAAUUUGUGCCGAUGUGCCAAUAGAGCCUCAAAUUAACCUUGAAGUCCUCUUUAGUGAUAAAAUGACGGUAUGCAGAUAUUCAAAUGUGCUUAAUUGAUCGUGAUACCAAUUUCUAGUUUGUAUCAGCUUACAGGGUUUUUGUAUUAGUAUUCUUUUUCAUAAAGGAUUCAGUAAGUUGGCGCCAGUACUUUAAAACUUAUCCUUUAAUUGUCAAUAUGUGCGCCUCAGUUACAAUAAUUAGUCCUGUUCCCUUUUGCAAAAUCAUAUUGUAAAUUUAAAUUGAUGAACGUAAUGAGCGAAAGUAUGUAUUUUUCAGCUCACUUAGCUUUUUCACCAACAGUUUCUUUAGACUGUUGUCAAUUUUAGUGGACGCACCUUGCUGGCAUAGCAAACUUACUUAAAUGUUUUAUCUCUUAUCACAAUAAAGUGUGGUUUGAACUGUAAACUAAACUAAAGGUUGAUUUUGUGCUUUGAGUCAGUACACUGCUCAGGGUUCCGAUAUAAACAUGUCAUGAGCCACCUUUUGUGAACUCCUAAUUAAUUUAUAUUCGUUCUCUUUCUUGUGGUUUUCUAUAGCAGAUAGUAGAACCCUGAACCGUAACGAAACU